AACGCAUGAAAGGAAACAGUUGACAAGAGACUCAGCUAACAGAGCUAAUCAAGGAAUAAAGAAAGCAGUUAAUCAAUCCCAUGAGCACAGAUUAAGGGAAGACCAAUGCUUCCAUUAAUUAGGAGUGCCCAACUAAUGCAUCACCUUGAAGGAGGAGCAACAAAAAAAUACAUCACAAAGGAGAGCAAGGAAGAGCCAAAUCCAAACUUUGAUAUAUGGCUAAAUAAUGAUGGAUUAUUGACUAGUUGGUUACUUGGGACAAUGAAUGAGGAGGCAUUGAGUCUGGUCGUUGGAUGUGAUACAGCAUCUCAAAUCUGGAAAUGUCUUGAAGAGCACUAUCUAGGUUUAACCAAAGAACACGAGUUGCAUCUCAUAGGGCAGUUAGCAAUAAAAAAGGGAGACAAUGAACCAAUUGAAAGCUUCAUUAGGAAAUUCAAAGGGAUCUGUGAUAGGCUUGUUGCAAUCUGCAAGCCUCUCAAUGACUUAGACAAGGUGUUUCAAUUAUCUAGAGUUGUUGCAACCAGAUAUCAACCGUACAACCUUGCAAUUUUAUCAAAGGCACCAUAUCCCACCUUCAACCUGUACACUACAGGAUUGCAAAAUAAUGAAAGGGACUUACAAGCAGCAGAACAAGAAAGCAAGGACAAGGAACCAGCAUACUCUCGAGUGUUUGUGGCACAAAGCGGGAGAAGCAAUUGAGGCAGAGGAUACAAUAACAGACACUUUAAUUC